AGCCAAGGCUGUAGAGGUACCUUCCCAGCAGCGAGCCCAAGACUCACACAAUGAGGAAGCAUCUGGGAGGAUGGUGGCUGGCCGCCGUCUUCGUCCUGCUCGUCUGCCACCUCUCGGUGGCCAAGGCCAGAGGCAUAAAGCACAGAAUCAAGUGGAACCGGAAGGCCCUGCCGAGCACCGCUCAGGUGACCGAGGCCCGGAUCGCCGAGAGCCGCCCGGGAGCCUUCAUCAAGCAAGGCCGGAAGCUCGACAUUGACUUUGGAGCCGAGGGCAACAAGUACUACGAGGCCAACUACUGGCAGUUCCCGGAUGGAAUCCACUACGACGGCUGCUCCGAGGCCAACGUCACCAAGGAGGUGUUUGUUACCGGCUGCAUCAACGCCACCCAGGCGGCCAACCAGGCGGAGUUCUCCCGGGAGAAGCACGACAAGCUGCACCAGCGCGUCCUGUGGCGGCUGAUCAGGGAGCUCUGCUCCGUCAAGCACUGCGAUUUUUGGCUGGAGAGAGGGGGAGGACUUCGGCUCACUGUGGACCAGCCGGUAGUGUUCUGCCUGCUGGUUUUCAUCUGGCUUAUCGUGAAAUAAGCUUGCAAGGAGGCUGGCAGCCACAGAGAUGAGGCCGGAGAGCAAACGGAGGGAUUUACCCCCAGGUCUUCUCCCCCAGCUCUCAAACCCACAUGCGUUCUGAAGGUACCAAAGAGCAGUGAUUCCUCCAUCAGCGAUUCACAUAUUACUUCCAAGUAUUCAUUCCGGUAUUUGUCUGUACUUGAUUGUGUGUCCCGAGCUCCUCCAGGCUCUCCCGGUGGGUAGGACUAUGGCUCGUUCAUCGCUGAAUCCUCAGCUCCUAUUGGAGUGUCUGGCACACAGUAUUAUGCAAUAAAUAUUUGGUGAAAAGAUAAAAGAACACCCCAGGAACUGUGCCAAGCACUUCACUAUGUUUCCCAAAAACUCUUUGAGGUAGGUGUUAUUCCCAUUUUACAGACAAGCAAACUGAGGCUCAGAGAGGUGAAGCCACUCACCCACAGUCACACAGCUAGAGAGAGGCAGAGCUGGGAUUCAACACUGGCUUCCUGGACCUCAGGUUUUCUGCUUGGUCCAAUCCCAGAGCUGUCUCAUGGCCACCUUAUGGUUCACCAGGGCCCAAAUCCAAACACAUCUCUGAUGAAACUUGAAGCUCCCCUUUGGAAGUAAAUGAAAACACCUGUGCCAAUGGCUGUGCACUCUGAUACCUCAUUAGACGGAAGUUUAGUUUAAUUCCUCUAAUUAAAUAAAAUAGAAAUAAUGCUAGACAAAGGCCCAGAAAUUAUAUUGUAAGAAAGAUUGCCAGGCUGAUUCCCAGAACUGACUAAAUCUACAGCAAGAUGUUUCCGUGGCACAAAGAUUUUUCUCAGAAGCCGGGUAAGUGUUUGCUGUUUCCAUCUCUGAAAUAUUCUGUGCAUUUCAGAAAAUAAUUUUAAAGGACAUGUUUGCUUUCUCAUGUUUCCCCAACACAUAAUGAGUAUUUUUAAAUAUACCUUCGUUUACACAUGGGCUCCAUACAGUCUCUAUCGGUUCUUUUAACACCACUUUGGUGAGGGGGUACCGCUUCCGUGAACCACUUACCCUAUUUAAAAAAUAGGUCUUUCUAACCAAAAAGGUUAGAAAGAAACUGGUGUUUUCAGGGAGGCCCAAUAAAGAAUUCAUUUGUGCUGAAAGCAAGAGU